CACGGGGGGGCAGCAGCCCACCCAUCGACAAUUACAAAUAUCUGGAAGGAAAAAUCCAUCCGGCCCAAAUGGUUUUGAUGUGAAUGGUUGUUUGUCUAUUAUGUGCCCUGCUAUUGGCUGGCGACCAGUCCAGGGUCUCUCACGCCUCAGCUCAGAUCGGCCCCGUAAUAAGGAUGGAGAGAGAACUGCACUGAAUCCGAACCGCUUCUCCUCACGCGGGUCGCAGGCAUGCUGGCGCCUAACCCGGCAGCCUCUGGGCGAGAGGCGGGGUCCACCCCGAACCGGUCGCCGGCCAAUCGCAGGGCACAUGGAAACAACACAUUCACACCUACGGGCAAUUUAGAGUCUUCAGUGAACCUACCGUGCAUGUUUUGGGGAUGUGGGAGGAAAGCGGAGUACCCGGAGAAAAGCCACGCAGGCACGGGGGAGUCCGGGAUUUGAACCCGCAACCAGCUGCGCCAGCUACGAAGAUCAACAUUUCCCGAUAUGAAUGCAGUCUCAAGCAAAUGCCAGCAUAGCAAUACAUUUUGCAAAGCAUGACAAUCCCAUACUACGAGGUGUCAGUCAAAUUGGAUUGUACCUAAUGCUUUGGCCAGUGCGUGUAUGUUUUAUUUCUAAAUAAGGGCUACCGCAGCAAUGCAUUAAGGUCUUACAAGAAGAGCUUUAAGAAGUAGAGUAGAAGUCAAGGCAAAGAUCUCCACCGCGCCGCUGAUGGUUCUGUGUGGCAGGAAUUCCAUCAAUUGAAGAAAAGAACAAAAAAUGCACCUAUCCAACCUGCUGCACCGGUUGACCCGUUUUGGGCCACUGUGCCUCCUUUUCUUUGCUGGGCUUUCCUCCUCCGAACCAGCAUGAACGCGAUGCGGUGAAUUCACGUUGUGUCCUGAACCCUGACCUUAACUGAGGCAAGGGAGGCCCGCAGUUCUUUCCAAGUUGUCCUGAGCUCCUACAAAUAUUCGAAUUAGAAUACCAAUACCCUUUCACGGCACUUUAUGUACAGAGUGGGUGCGCCAAAGUGGAACUUGCGUGGGUCCAAUUGAAUUAGUGUGUUUACCUUUUGUUCUACUUUUCCACUCCGGCGUAUUUAAAGAUGCGCUCAACAGAACUCGUGUCCGUUCUGCGACUGUUAUAUGUUGACGCCAUUCGCUGUGAAAAUCAACGGUAGGCUGAGCGCAAGCGCAUCCGCGCUACGUGGGAAGCGUCCACAAGCAGACGCGAACGGUGCCGCUUUCAACGGGUGUCCCGCGCCGGCCGGGGCGACCCGCCGUCGGUUCACGAUGCCGGCUCUUUGAUCUGCUGCCGCGCUCCUCAGCUUUGAUACGCCAGCGUCGGGCUUGAAAGGCCCCGAAAGAAGCCGCGCGCACAUGCACGUGGCUGUUUCUCAUUAGCGGCCAAACAUGAUGAGCAACCGGGCUCUGAUCCUGAAAAUGAGCUGCUCCUCGAGGCAAGUGUGCUGGCCACCUCCUUUCACAGGCUCUCCUCCAAAAUAGGAUUUCAAACCUUAUUGCACCUCUUUAUCGUCCCUUUUUUUUUCUCUCUUCGUUAAUGCAAACGGACUAAUCUUUCAUUCGUUCAUCUUCCGUUCCGCUUCUCCUCACUAGGGUCGCGGGCGUACUGGAGCCCAGCAAUCUUCGGGGCGAGACGCGGGGUACACCCUGAACUGGUCGCCAGCCAAUCGCUAAUCUUUUCAGGUGCUAAUGGGGUACAAAUGGCUCGAGUGUCACCUGGUGUACAAUAGAGCGAAAUGAAUGGAUAUUUCCAUAACUUUGCCAUUUCACUUUAGCAACUAUUUGACUGUAAUUGCUUGAGCGUUUUCUUUUACAAACCGGAGUAAAGCCCUUGGAUAACGAGAAUGACCAAACAAAAAAGUCAGGCAAAGCUAACUAAAAGAGCUGCAAUUUAUUUGGGGCAGAGACACUUGAAAUGGUUAACAUCUGUUCGAAUGUGAUUGGUUCAUUCUGAAGACAACGACAUCACGGCUAUGAGGGUGUGCACACUUGUGCAACCAAAUUCCAUUUGCUUCUGUAUGCUGGAUGACACCGCAUAAAGAAGUACUGGCGAGCUCGCUGCCUCGUUAGCUUUCUAGCCAGUUAGCUCACAAGCUAGCGCACGAAAUGAACAGUUCCCUUGAAUUGUGGGGGCGCGGCUGUGGCGAGCUGGACGGGCCCCAACGCCGUGUGGGCACCCGGCAGAGACGCCGCGCUCCAAAAACACCCGACGCAUCAGUGAAGAUGCAUUUUUUUACGGGAUGUUGACAUAGCUUAAUGGCUGACCGCAUGCUGUGGUGGUACAAAUAGUCAAGUUAUUAUCAAUCGGGAAUAGCCGCUGCAGGCGGAAUACAUACAAUACAGUGUGGGAGGGGCCCCCCCGGAAAAAAAAAAAUCGGUGCAACUGAGAUGUUGAAAAAGAGUUUAAUGCUACAUCACAACAAGUCAAUGCUAAAUUGUUCUCAGUCUUUGCACAUUUUCAGCACUUCAAACGGAUUGUAUUUGCAUAUUGUAGUUUCACUUUUAAAGUCCCAAAGAAGAAGAUUUUGCACUUUUGGUUUGCCGUGCCCAUUCGUUCAUUAAAAUUAGAAAUGAAUGUUUCGAUGUGACAUUUGCUGACCUUCACUUCCUUCCUUCGUUCCUUCAUUCAUUCAUCUUCCGUUCCGCUUCGCCUCACGCGGGUCGCGGGCGUACUGCAGCCUAUGCCAGCUGUCGUCGGGCGAGAGGCGGGGUACGCCCGAACUGGACGCCAGCCAUUCGCAGGGCACAUACAAACAAACAACCAUUUGCACUCACAUGCAAACUCCACACAGGCGGGGCAGGGAUUUGAACCCCCGAUCCUCAGAACUGUGAGGCGGAUGUGCUAACCAGUCUUCCAGCGUUCCUAUGCCAGCGUUUGUAGAAAAUGAACAGGUGAAGGCAAGCAAGCGCUCAUUACAGAAAUAUGCUAGACGGGUCCAACGAACCUGCCCGUGUGAUAAGAAGCUUACAUCGUCUGUAGCGGCAUUUUUGUGUCCAAGGAGCAAAGCUUCCCCUUUCUAUCAUUCUGUGGACGUGCAUAUCUCUGUAUGCUUGCAACUGGAAUGAAAGCAUCACUUUGUAUGAAUACAAAGCAGGAAUGAGUUUGACAGGCCACGGCACGGCGAGCAGUCCAAGAUUUGAGUCCACCUUUUGCCCAAAGGUCAGCCGGCUCCAGCUCGACGUGACCGUCAACGGGGCACACGCUUUAGAAAAGGAUGGAUGGAUGCCAGAGACGACGGAGAUGAUGACUUCAUCUCUGCCUAAUAGCCAUUGGCCUGACGUCUCCUUUUGAUGAGCUGCGACCCCCGGUUGUGGUUCCAAGGGCCCAAGCGUCGUAAAAGCUCUUUGGGUUCCCAGGGGAAAGAUCCGUGCUCAACUCUGGGCGGAGGCAAUGCACCGCCGGCACACCACGCUGAGGGAGAAGGGGCGUCGCCAGGCGGUCCGGGGCCCGGCGUACAUGUUCAAUGAGCGCGGUUCGGCUCUCACCGCGGAGGAGGAGCGUUUUCUGGAUGCGGCCGAGUACGGGAAUAUUCCCGUCGUGCGUAAAAUGCUGGAAGACUCCAAAACUCUCAACUUCAAUUGUGUGGACUACAUGGGCCAGAACGCGUUGCAGCUGGCCGUCGGAAACGAGCAUCUGGAGGUCACCGAGCUGCUCCUGAAGAAGGACGGCUUGGCUCGGAUCGGAGACGGCCUCCUCCUGGCUAUUUUCAAGGGUUACGUCCGCAUCGUGGAAGCCGUCCUGGGCCACCCUGCCUUCGGCGGGGGUCUGCGCCUGGCUUCGAGUCCCCCGGAGCAGGAGAUGCGUGAUGACGACUUCUACGCUUACGAUGAGGACGGAACGCGUUUCUCGCACGAUGUCACACCCGUCAUCCUGGCUGCUCACUGCCAAGAGUACGAGAUAGUCCAUAUCCUCUUGACCAAAGGGGCUCGCAUAGAGAGGCCUCACGACUACUUCUGCAAGUGCUCCGAGUGUGUGGAAAAACAGAAAAAGGACUCGUUCAGCCAUUCACGCUCCAGGAUGAAUGCGUACAAGGGCCUGGCCAGUGCGGCUUACCUGUCACUCAGCAGCGAAGAUCCAGUGUUGACCGCCCUGGAGCUCAGCAACGAGCUGGCCAGACUGGCCAACAUCGAGACGGAGUUCAAGAAUGACUACCGUAAGCUGUCAAUGCAGUGUAAAGACUUUGUGGUGGGGGUGUUGGACCUCUGUCGGAACACCGAGGAAGUGGAAGCCAUUGUGAACGGCGACGUCGACCUGUGCCCGCCGAGCCCCUACAACCGACCCUGCCUCAGCCGUGUCAAACUGGCCAUCAAGUAUGAAGUGAAGAAGUUUGUCGCCCAUCCGAACUGUCAACAGCAGCUACUGACUAUUUGGUAUGAGAACCUUCCUGGUCUCAGGCAGCAGUCGGUUGGCGUUAAAUGCUGGACCGUGCUGGGUGUCGCCGUUGGCCUGCCAUUCUUGGCUGUCGCCUACUGGAUCAUGCCAUGUAGCAAGCUGGGUCAGAUCCUGCGAAGCCCAUUCAUGAAGUUUGUGGCCCACGCGGUCUCCUUCACUAUCUUCUUGGGUCUACUGGUCGUCAACGCCUCCGACCGCUUCGAGGGCGUGAAGAACUUGCCCAACGAGACCAUCACGGACCACCCGCGGCAAGUGUUUCGCGUCAAGACCACUCAAUUCUCCUGGACCGAGAUGUUGAUCAUGAAGUGGGUGUUGGGUAUGAUUUGGUCCGAGUGCAAGGAGAUCUGGAGCGAUGGGCCCAGAGAGUACAUCAUGCACCUGUGGAACGUUCUGGACUUCGGCAUGCUCUCCAUCUUUGCGGCGUCCUUCACGGCACGUUUCAUGGCGUUCCUCAAGGCGUCGAAAGCCCAGCAAUACGUGGACAUGCAUGUGCCGGAUGAAGACCUCAGCAACGCCUCGCUGCCCGACGAGGUGGCCUACUUUACAUUCGCCAGGAACAAGUGGCGCCCGUCAGACCCUCAGAUCAUCUCCGAGGGUCUGUACGCCAUCGCGGUUGUGCUGAGCUUCUCGCGCAUCGCCUACAUCCUCCCGGCCAACGAGAGCUUCGGCCCGCUGCAGAUCUCGCUGGGACGCACGGUCAAAGACAUCUUCAAGUUCAUGGUCAUCUUCAUCAUGGUGUUCGUGGCCUUCAUGAUCGGCAUGUUCAACCUGUACUCGUACUACCUUGGAGCCAAGUACAAUCCGGCCUUCACCACCGUCGAGGAGAGUUUUAAGACUCUUUUCUGGUCCAUCUUCGGGCUGUCAGAAGUGAUCUCCGUGGUGCUGAAGUAUGACCACAAGUUCAUCGAGAACAUUGGUUACGUGCUGUACGGGGUCUACAACGUCACCAUGGUGGUUGUCCUUCUCAACAUGCUCAUUGCCAUGAUAAACAGCUCGUACCAGGAGAUCGAGGAGGACGCUGACGUGGAGUGGAAGUUUGCUCGCGCUAAGCUGUGGCUCUCCUACUUCGACGAGGGUCGCACUCUGCCCGCCCCCUUCAACCUGGUUCCCAGUCCGAAGUCCUUCUACUACCUGGUCCUGCGCGUCAGGUCGGGCCUUUUACGUCUCUGCAAGGUGGGCAGACAUCAGCGCAGGAAUGAGUUGGAGCUCGGUAUGCUCAACUCUCAGGCCAAGGGUGAACACUUCAGGUCCUACCCGCCCCUGGGAGAGGAGUUCCACAACUUAUCCCGAAAUUCUAGAAAACAUCCAACCAGAUACGAGAAGAUCAUGAAGCGACUCAUUAAGCGUUACGUGCUCAAGGCCCAAGUGGACCGAGAGAGCGAUGAAGUCAACGAAGGUGAGCUGAAGGAAAUCAAGCAGGACAUUUCCAGCCUGCGGUACGAGCUGCUGGAGGACAAGUCGGAGGCUGCCGGCGAGCUGUCGCUGCUGAUUCAGCAACUCGCCGAGAAAUUUGGCAAGAACACCACGAGGCACUGACGGGACGGGAAGGACGCUCGAAAAACUGGGCCUCGAUUGUCUAAAAGGCCGAGGACAAAUAAGAAGCGAGGGACGGGAAGCCGGAUGUUUAUGAGAGACACAAGGACAAAAGUGCAAAACAAAUUUGACUUUUAGUAUCAUUUCCUGUCUUCAAGCAAAAAAGUAAGAAAUGUUUGCAUUUCCAGGGCCAAGUCAACUCAGCUCGAUCGCGUUGACUUGACAGUGCCAUUCAGAUGAAAACAGAAGGUGCUCGAAGAAAAAAGAAGGAGAAAAAUGAACACAUCAAGCGACAGAAGAUUGAUCGAUGAAACAUGGAGGAAGAAGAAGAGGGAAGAAAUCGUGCGUUUUCUCAAGAGACUCCUUUUUACACCAGGCAGUCUAAAUAAUUCAUACUCUUCCCUCUUCUACAACGAGGGGAAAAGUGAUUAUCGAAGAAAUAUUCUUCGAUGGAUUGACUCAGUCGAAAAGAUUUCACAAUUAAAACAAAAAAAAAAGCAUGACCUUCCGCCACAAAGACGACUUGCUGCUUGAACACACAAGCACGCACGAUGUGGAGUGGAUCCAAAUCCAACGCUAACGUUAAGCAGGCUACACACAUUCGGACUUUUAAUAUCCAGACCCUACACAGGAGAAGGAAAAAAAACAAUGCACACCACAGGAUAAUCCAUAAUGAGCUCACAGACGUUCAAGAUCGGGCCUUGGAGGAGAUCGCAAAUGUUUUUUGACAUUGGCCCAAUUAGCAGGCCGAUUUUCUUUGUGUUAAGUUGCAGCCACGCAGACUUCCACCAUGGCGGUUAAUUAUUCUACUCGGCGCAACACUGGCACAGGAACAGAAACACUCAGAAUCUUCCCCUUGGGAAAAAAAAACCACUCGAGCACUGCGCUGCAUGCACCUCGUUUCUUUCGUGCCAAAUUCACAACAAAUGUUAUCUCGACGCACGUUUUGUAUCUGUAACAGUUGCUCAUUUAUGCUAAACAAAACAAAACAAAUAGUCGAGUAAACAGAAUGUUUUCGAAGCAAAGCCUCAGCUGUAUAGAUGACAUUCAGAAUAUUUUCGGACCCAAUUUUAAAAUUCCAACUGCUCCCACAAUAUUUGCAGGAGCAAAUAUUCGACGUGCGAAUAUCACAUCUUGGUAACCGCAGUAUGCCCUUCUGUUGUUUAUGUUGAACUACAAAACUGCACUUACAGCAUCGUUGACGUCAACAUUUCCGUUGUAUUCAUGAUAAUAUUAUCUGUUUUUCAAGUCGACAAUGUAUAGCUUGAUACGCAACAUACAGUAUCUGAAAUGAGACAUUUGAGGUCUUCAUUUAUUGUCAAUCUGAUUAGAACUACUGUAGUCUUGUUCACAUUGGAUGUUCCAUGCGUAAUACAGUAUUUAGAUCUUAGGAUGGAAUAUUAUUGUUCAUAUUUCAUUAACGUUGAUGGCUAAGAUGCACAAGAGACACACACAAGUUGUUUGUGUUCAGCUUUUGAUCUUUAGACACACACACCAAGCAUAGCCAUUCAUUUCCACAGCUAGGAGAAUAUAUAGGCUGAAAUACUGUAUUUUUUCAUAUUGUUGAAAUUAAACCUUACAGUAUAUUGCCAUAUGUUUUGGUCCUUGAAAUAAACGGUCAGCUCGGAAUUGCUUGGUCCGCCACUGUCUUCAUGUUGAAUCAAUUGCAGUUUGCAGUUUGUUUAUUUCAUGUCAUUUUCAGAGCAGAAAUCUUUUCUAAGCAUACAAAUUCACAAUGACGUGUUUAACCGUGCAACGCACGCUGGCUGCUGGUGUUGGCAGAAUUCGCCUGGAACUGCUUGCAGUUGUUGUGCCAAGCAGCAGCUUUGGGGUGUGGACCGGUCGCAGGUUCUGGUCGUCGUGCGGAAGGGACGUUCU